GAAAAUUUUCAUAAUAUUUCGUCAUUAUAUUUUAGUGGUCUGAUAAUGGAAAUUUCUAGAUGUAUUGCUGGUUGUAUAAAUACAGUCGUUUUCCAUUCUGAGAUCAUCAGUUGAAUUCAGCGAGCUAAACAAGCAAGUUCAAGAAGUUCAUUCCACAAAGUUUUUAUUUAUAAAGUGAUAAUUGUGAAAUAUUGUGAAAAUGGCAUUUGCACAAAUUGUUACGGAUAUUGCCAAUGAGUUGCAGCGGGCAGAACCAGAAAUUCGUCAUUUGAUCACGGAACUCUCCUGGCCACAACACGCACAGCACGGUCACCAUGGUCAUCACAGACGCAAUCACGGAUGCAGAAAGAGAUGCAGUAAGAGGGAUUUCUUCUGUCAGGAAAAUUCCUGCCCACAGAAGAGCCCUUCCACAGACUAUAAGGCUAGUCUGGACGUGAAGAACUAUUCCAGUGAUGAGAUUAGUGUAAAAGUUGUGGAUAAUUUUGUGGUGGUUGAAGGAAAUCAACCAGAGAAAGAAGAUGAUUUUGGGACCAUUUCGAGGAAUUUUGUGAGACGCUAUCGUAUCCCAGAGGAAUUCAAUAUUGAGGAAGCAUCAUCAUCUUUGUCACAAGAUGGAAUUUUGAGCAUAAAAGUGCCACUGAAAGUUACACAAUCAAAAGAGCGAGUCAUUCCAAUCCAGAGGACAGGAAAAUUACAUCAGGACGAUACUCAACCUCUCAUCGCCAAGGAGACUCCAGAGACAAAAUCAGAUAGUCCCGAGAAGACAAAGGAUGACUCUUCAGAUUUUGAAAUGGUGAAAGACAAUUUGGAUUAAUCACUGUGACGAAGUUAUUGGUGGUGCGUAGAUUCUAAGAUAACAGCACGAAUUCUAAUCAAUCAAUGUAUUAAAAAUAAUAGAAGAAAUUUGCACAUUUGAAAAAUAAAGUUCUCUUAUGACAAAGCACUUGAAAAA